GGAGCUCUAAUCGAAAUCGGGCAAAUUGGUUAAGAAACGUUUAUAUUAAAGUCUGAGCUGCCUAUAAAGCACCGCAUUAACGUCAAACCAAACAACAACAAUAACAAUUGUUAACAAUAAGAGUGAUGCACUUGUACGUGGCAUUGUGGGUGUGUGGCACGCUGCUGACGCUGCUGCUCGGUUGGCAGCAGCGCAAAUGUUGGCGUCUCAUUUGGCAGCUGAAUGGCUGGAGGGGCGUGGCACAACAGCCUCUGCUCUGGUUUCUGCUCUGCAUCAAUUUGCAUCCAGACAGCAUUUUGGACAAGGUGACGCGUCUGCGUGUUUUAUUUAAACGUCCAUUGGCCAUAUUGAUCGGCACGCGGGCCCUACUCUAUAUAGAUGAUCCCGCUGGCAUGGAAUGCGUAUUGAAUGCAGCCGAGUGUCUGGACAAGACCUUCAUGCAGGAGGGAUUCUUUGCACGCAAGGGACUGUUGCAUGCGCGUGGCCAAAAGUGGAAACUGCGUCGCAAGCAACUGAAUCCCGCCUUCAAUCACAAUAUUGUGAUCAGUUUCUUUGAUGUCUUCAACUCGGUUGGCAAUCAGCUUGUCGAGCAAUUUGCGACACAAUCUCAGUUGCAUGGCGAUGCCGUUAAGUUCAAGGAUGCCGAGGAUAUGCUGAGCCGUGCGGUACUAGAAGUAUCCUGCCUCACCAUUAUGGGAACACCAACAAAUUUCACACAAGCUGAUGACGCUCACAUUGCCACCACCUACAAGCGGCUGCUCGAAAUCUCAGCUAUUAAGACUGUCAAGCCUUGGCUGCAAAUCGAUUUGCUGCAUCGCCUAUUGGAGCCCCAAUUGUAUGCCGAGGCUGAGGCAUGCAACCAGCUGCUUGUGGAUUUUGUGGCACAAAUUGUGCAGCGCAAACAUCGCAACUGGCAGCUACGCAAUUCCAUCGAUGAUGCUGAGGAUGUCACCUGGCAGCGUCGCAUAUUCAUCGAGCAAAUGUUUCAAUUGGCGGCCAAUGGGGAACUAACACUACAGGAUAUUGAGGAUGAGGCACAGUCGAUGGUGUUGGUGUCCUUUGAGACGGUGUCCAAUAGCAUAAUGAUUGCUCUGCUCUGCCUGGCCACCCACAAAGGCGAUUGCCAGGAACGUUUGCGUGCAGAAAUUGCCACCGUGUUGCCGCAUGGCAACGACGCCAGCUAUGUGGGCGUCGAGCAGCUGCAGCAGCUGCGAUAUCUGGACGCCUUUGUUAAUGAGGCGUUGCGUCUGCUGGCGACAGUGCCGAUGAAUUUGCGGCAUGUGAGUCGCGAUUUUCAGUUGGCUGAGCGUGAGGCAAUCGUGCCACAGAAUACGAUUAUUGUCUUGGAUACGUUCAACAUGCAACGCGAUGCAGCCUGGUGGGGCGAUAGAGCCAAACAGUUUGAGCCUCAACGUUUCCUGCAACAUCAACAGGCCUUGGAGCAGGAGGAGGAACAACAUGAACAGACAGGAGGACAAAAUUCUCAGCGUCGACACUCCUACAGUUUCUUGCCCUUUUCCAAGGGAUUGCGAACCUGUAUUGGUCGUCGCUAUAGUUUCUUCAUCAUGAAGGUGUUUUUGGUCAAACUUUUGACUAGCUUUGAGUUCCACAGCGAUCUGCAAUUGGAUCAGCUUCAGUUUGUCGAGGGUAUUUCGCUGAAGUUUCGCAACACCGAUGAUAUUCUCUUUCAGAUUCAGCCACAUAAGCAUGCAUAGCCUUAUUUCUGUAUAAUAAUACCCUAGCAGAGUGAGAUUAGAAGCUAAGAAGCCCAAUCUAUCACAGUCAAUUAUAAUUUUUUUUUUUAGUUCUUUCAUUAUAAUGUGUAGCUGUUGAAAUAUUAUCAUUAGAAAAACUCAAGAAAUAUUAAAUAUAUCUAAAAUUUGAUGUUAAUAUUAUAUCAUAAGAUAAGCUUUAAUUUUGAAAUAAAAAGACAGUUGUACAAAUAAUGUUUUUUUUUUUUUUUAAUAUGGUAGUUAGUUUUAGUUUUUUGUCCUAAAUAUAAGAUUUCAAUUUAAGGUGAAAACUUUUGUAAGGAGAAUAAGUAUGUGAAGACGUCUUACAUUUAAAAUUUAAUGAAUAUAUUUAUAACAACUGAUCACAUUGAAUUUGAACUCUGCUAGAGUAUUGAAACUUCGGCAUAUCGAAGAUACAUUUUUUUUUUACAUAUUCAAUAAAAUGAUUAUAAUUUUUUAUCUCA